AUGUUCGGCACUACGAAAGAUUUCAGUCAGUGGAAUAAAUCUCGGCGUUUUGUAGUAGACCAAACAAAAUGUGAAAACCACUGUUCCAAAUCGGCGUUGGUGACGGACAACUACGGAACCCAACACGACCUUGGGAAGACACACUUGACCCAUUUUGCAUACAUCAUAAAGUUACAUGUCCAUAGCGAGACUAGCAGGAACAUAGCCGGCUCGACGCGCACGCACGUCCGCGGGGCGGGCGCGGGGCGGCGCGCGACCGGCGCGGGCGGCGGCGUCGCCUUCCAGCGCCUCUCCGUCGCCGGGAUACAUGUCACUGGGGUCCCGCUAGACGACCUGGAGCGCGCGGCGUCCAGCCUCAUAGAUGCCCUGACUCUGCGGCGCGAGUACAUGGACGUGUCCUACCAGGAGUACCCGAACAUCCUGGACUACUACCUCACGCACCACCAGGCGCCGCCCAAGCCUGACCUGCAGGAAGAGGUCGUCGACCUGACCCAAGCCGUGCUCAAAUUUGAUGGUCUUUUACACUUAAUCACAAAUUUUUACACUCGAAGAAUAAAUCCCUAUUUUUUACCCACGACGGGUUAA